AUGCUCGAACCAUCUAAAGACAUUGAUACAGAAGAAAAGCAAAUAUCAGCGGCCAUCAUCGAAUGUGCAAUUCCGUUGUGUCCUUCAAUUCGGCGCCGGACACAGCAUUGGAUAUCAGACGAGUGCCUGGAUCUGGUGGAAAAGCGGAAGAAAGCCAAACAUGCCGAUUUCGAAGAAUAUCGUCGGUUGAACAAGGAAGUCAGAAAGAAGCUAAAAGAAGAGCGAGAAGCCUACUGGAAUCAAGUGGCAGCAGAAAUGGAGGAAGCCGCGAAUAUCGGACGUUAUACCAAACCAUUCGACGGCUGGGUGGAAAGACCAAAUCCACGAAUGACAACAUCAAGAAGGCGGACGAUACUUUUGUGA